AAUUUCAGAAAGAAAAGAAAAAUUCCAAAAUAGGAAAAUGGACUCGGAUUUCAGCUGCCCUGAAAAUGGAAAUGGAACGGAUUACGCCAGCUCGGCAGACGAUUCCACUCUGACGCAGGUGUCGACGGGAUGUUUCCACGUCAGCCCGGCGACUCGCAAAGGCAAGCGACUUCAACUCCUGCAGAUGCUGUUGCUUCCGUUCAUACCCAUCAUGGCACUGGUGAUUCAAAACGCCAUGACGAUGACGGAUGCCAUCAAUGCGCAGAAGGCGGCCACCAUCAUCGAACACCAGAUCGAUCUGACGGUGGAGGUUGGCAAACUACUCACCGCUCUGCAACACGAACGCAGCGAGAUUGCUCAUUACAUAUUCACCAAGGGUAACAGUUUAGGACAGCAUAGCACAGAGGCGUCCACCGCCAGCAGGCUUUCCUCCCAUUCGGGAUUGUACAACAGAUCUAGCCUCUCGCACCGGUUCGCCGUCACCGACGAGGCCCUCCGCAACGUCAGCGCCAUCUUCGCCUUCAAGGCCGACUCGUGGAACAGCAUCUUCGGCAGCAAAGCCAAUUUCAUGGAACAUCUCAGUUUACUCGGCGUCAAACGAUUCGGAAUUAUUGACAUUGCGGAACGAGGUGAAGGCCAAAAGGAUAGCGCUGCCAUUCGGGAAAUCAAUUGGUAUAAUGUGGCCAACGAUCUGAUUCUAGACCAACUGUCAACAAGAAUUCGACAAACGUCAACGACCGGAGCUUGGAGAUUGCUGAUUGCCUUCAAAUUCGUCAUCCGCUCAAUCGAAAAUUUCAGCAUCGCCAUAGUCUACGGGCUUUACUACUUUGGCAAGGGCCACCUUUCGCUGGACAACUACGCCCGCUACGUCCGCUAUGACUCGUUGGCACAGGUGUAUUUAUCAUCGUGGCUAAAUAAAGAUUACCUCAACGCCACUCAGCAAUUCUCGUCGUCGUCGCAAAACACUUACGAGCUCUUUGUCGAUAAUUUCCCCUACUACGAAAAUCUGACGGCGAGGAGGCUCGAAGUCUACGCUAAUGUCGAGCGCACGCCGGACAAUGAGAUUGCGACGACGUACUACGAUUACAUGUCGCUGUACAUCGACUCUUUGCGAAUGCAUCAGGACAAAUUGCGCGACGAAAUCCUACUGUCGGUGGAGCAAGAGCUGGAAGAGGCCGGAACAUUGCAGACCGUCACCAUCUGCAUAUUGUCGCUGGUUCUGUUCAUUUCGCCGUUCAUCAUUUUCCUGGUCCGCAACGCCACGCAAACCAUUCAGACGUUCGCCAGCGGGUUGGUGUCCAAAACGACGGAAUUGAAGCGCGAGCGAAAGCGCUGCGAUCGAUUGUUAUGCCAAAUGCUGCCCAAGGCCGUCGUCCGUCAACUCAAACAGAGGAGACAGGUGCCGGCGGAAAGUUUCGAUUCGGUGACAAUCUACUUUAGCGAUAUCGUGGGAUUCACCGCCAUUUCUGCCUCCAGCACGCCCCUCGAGAUCAUCGCUUUCCUCAAUGCACUUUACAAGAUGUUUGAUUCCAAACUUGAGCGCUACGAUGUCUACAAGGUGGAGACGAUUGGCGACGCCUACAUGGUUGUCUCCGGCCUUCCUCAUCGCAACGGCUUGAAGCACGUCGGUGAAAUCGCCACAAUGUCGCUGGAUUUGAUUGCCGGCGUGAAAAAUUUCCACAUACCGCACCGACCCAACCAGUCGGUCAGCAUCCGAAUCGGCUUCAACACUGGACCCUGCGUGGCGGGAGUUGUCGGCACGAAAAUGCCGCGCUACUGCCUCUUCGGCGACACCAUUAACACGGCGUCGCGCAUGGAAUCGACCGGAGAAGCCAUGAAGAUUCACAUCAGCGCCAGCGCCAAAGAAGCGCUAGACGCCGUCGGUGGUUAUUACACGGAACUUCGCGGGAGCUUUGAAGUCAAGGGUAAAGGGAUGAUGGAUACAUACUGGCUGACGGGCAGAGAAGGUGGGCUGCCUCGCUUCCUGGAGGUGGACGUUCCCGGUUACAUGGACGAGCCGGAAUACCUCAAAGAAUUGUCCGAUUUGCCUUGAAGGCGCAGUAGUGAACGCAACUGAGCAGCUACUCUCGAACUGAUGAGCUGUAGCGAACGUGCUGCUGGACGGGAGAUGUCAUAACACGUAUAAUUAUAGCGAACAGGACCGCAAAAGAAUCAUUUAGUGUUUGUGCAUGAACCGGAUAAAGGUUUUGAUCGGUAGUUAUUAGUAUAACCAAGGAGCUACAGAGAGAAAGAGAGAAGCUAAAAACCCUAUAUAUUUAUCGAUUGUCUACAUAAGCCGCUGUAUGGUUCUAAUCGCCGUAUCCUUUUAUCAGCUCUGAAAGUUCGGUGAUGUAUUAGGUAGCUCGGGUUGUUGAUCUCUCUCCUAUCCGUUUGUUUGUUGAAAGAAAAGAUUUUCGGUCCAACUUUUCUUUUUUUCUUUAAAUGUCUUGUCAAAAUCCCAAAUGCCAACAUCCGUCCGCUCUAUCGUGAUUGAUGCUGCAACUGUUUCUCUCCGAAAAUAGUCCGCUGCUGCGUUUCCGUCCAAAAAUAAUGAAUUAUUAAUUUAUUAUCGCCCUAGACUUAUAUUCCUCGUCAAUUAUUUCGAUUUCGAUUUCACGAACAUUUCAUCGCUAACUCAACGGGUUUUUUGAAUAAGGGGAAACUUAGAUAUUCGGCAGUCACGCAACCGCGCGCGUGCAUGACGGGAUUCGAAUGUCACUCCUGGCUACGUUUUAACCCAUUACACAAGUCCCCGAACCCCAAGAGAGAGAACUGAGCACGAGGCUCCUGGAAAUAAAAUAAAAAAGAAAGCGCAUAAACGGGGGAGAAAAAAUGGCAGCAACAAAAGAGAAAGUUCUUUCUUAUCUUCAAUUUUUCAUUACGUAAACGUAAAGAUGGCUGGUGGUGUGCUCGUGAGCGUGAUUGUCGUCAGAGAUGAAUGCAUUAGUUUUCGGGUAUUAGUCCGCUUCCCGCGGUCGAUACUAUUUAAGCUUUCCGCCUAUAUAAUAAUGCUUUUGCUGGCGAUUAGGGCGAAUAUAUAAGCUUACGAGGCAUUCAUCCAUCUUUUAAACGCCAUUUUUGCAUUGUCUCUUUCCAAGAAAUUGGCUAUUCCUUUUUUUCUUUCCUGCUCCACUAAAUACGUUUUAUUUAGAAGGACUUUUAUACCCAGUUACCUUGUCACAAAAUGUCGUAGAGGAUAUUGUGAUACACAUGAAUUCUAUAUAGCCCCUGUCCUGCCCAUUCUGUAACUUAUCCAUUAGAUAGAACUGGAUCACCCUGCUGGAUUGCCAUUUAACUGCGUAGUGUGUUUAAUCGAUUUUGAUACUAUGCAUCUUACGUGCGAAACGCACCAACUCUGACGUCUACGCACCUUAAUACAAAAUGAAUUGAACCAA